AGAAAGUGCCCAAAAUUUUGACUUUAAUGGGUAAAAUUGAGAUCCGCUCGCUAACACCCCACACAUUCACAACCAUGAAUCCCCCUGUCUGCCCUGUCCGGGCCCUUGGCUAGGCGCAAUGAUUUUUUUUUGGCUCAAACCCUGAAGACUUUAAAAAGUUCCCUAGUCUCGUCUCACGCUUUCUUACUACUCUUUUUUCUCUUCCCUUUCCUUUAAUCCACCACCAUCAAGGUGAAAUCAAUCCCUCAACUCCUCAAAAAACAGACUUACGACAUCUGGCGAAAUAUCCAGAAGACUGCCAAUGCAUCAGCAAAACAAUCACGACAAUUUCUCUUCAUCUCUAGGCCGCAACCAGAUGCUUACUCCGACCCUUCAGCCAGCACAUCCAGAUCACCUUCGUGAAGCACGCUCAGACGCUGAGCGCCGACGCGGCACCCGCCUGCCUUGAAUCGGGGCGGGUUGAGAGAGAAGAAGAAGAAGAGAGGCAGUCUCUUUUAGACGACAGAAAUUCACCUUACACAUUAAUUACUAGAUACCUACUUACUUAGUAGACCUAGUCGACCCAAUAGACAUUAUAGAAGAUUACAGAGACGGGACAAGAAAACAUUUAACCGUAUACAAUGUUGCCACCCGCAGCCCCUGCGCUUACCACCGUCCGCGGUUUUGCGCCCACUCCAAUCGUUUCCGGCGACGAUGACUCGGAUCAUUGCAAUACCCCACCCUUGUCUGCGCGACGUGGCCGUCCUGCUCGUCUGGACGAUGUCGUUAGCGCAAACUGUAGUCCUGUUCUACGCGCAACUAACUCGCCUGGAAUCGGUGGUAUCGCCAAAUUGCGCAUGCAACUCGACCCCCUUAGUUUGAAUGGCUCUCGCGCUAGUACUAUGAUGCGAACCCGAAGCAGCAGUCGACGCCGUUGCAUGAGUCGAAGCGACGAUGAGAUCUCUGAGAUUGGAUCGACCAGUUAUGAAGUCCAACUAGAGCAUGACUUUGUGAGCGAAAGUGUGCGGGAGAAGCCCCGGUAUGGCGCCAUUGAAGGCGGGUUGGUACCUCGUAAGAUGGAAGCCGAUGACUUUGAGCCCCUGCGUUGUCUCGGCAAGGGAACCUAUGGCACCGUUCUACUGGUCAAGCAGCGUGCGACAGGUCGUCUAUACGCGCAAAAGCAGUUCAAGAAGGCUUCUGUCGUGGUGCACAAGAAGCUCGUCGAGCAGACCAAAACGGAGCGCCAAAUCCUCGAGUCUGUCAAUAGGCACCCGUUUGUCGUCAAGCUAUUUUACGCAUUCCAGGACCAUGAGAAGCUAUACCUCAUUCUUGAGUAUGGAGAAGGCGGCGAAUUAUUCACCCAUCUCAAUACCGAAAAGAUGUUUCCGGAGCCAGUUGCCGCAUUUUACAUGGCAGAGAUGGUUCUAGCUCUAUCCCAUCUACACGAUACGCUCGGCGUAGUCUACAGGGAUUUGAAGCCCGAGAAUUGUCUGCUAGACUCCCAAGGUCACCUUCUACUCACCGACUUUGGUCUUUCAAAGGUCGCGAUAGAUGGAGAAGAUGGUGCUUGCAAGUCGAUACUUGGAACUGUCGAAUACAUGGCACCCGAAGUUGUUCAGGGUCAAAAAUAUGGCAAGGCGGUAGACUGGUGGUCGUUGGGUGCGCUGGGUUACGACCUCAUGACUGGUAACCCACCAUUCCGAGGUGGCAAUCAUGCCAAGAUCCAACAGAAUAUUGUCAAGCAGAAGGUUGUACUUCCGUACUUCCUAGGUCCUGAUGCCAAGGAUCUGCUUACGCGGUUUUUGAAGAAGGACCCUUCGAAGCGUCUCGGCUCGAACAUGCCCCGAGAUCUUCAGAUUAUCAAGAAGCACAGGUUCUUCCGCAAGAUCGAUUGGAAGAAGCUGGCGGCCAGAGAGAUGGAACCACCAAUUCAGCCCAUGAUCACCGACCCUGAGCUUGCCGAGAACUUUUCCGCCGAAUUCACCGAUCUGUCUCUGAGUCCGGUUGUUACGAAGAACCCAUGGAACGAUAUGUCACCAAAGGAGGGCUGUAAGGAAGACCCCUUUGGUGGAUUCAGCUUCGUGGCUUCCAGUAGCUUGCUGGAGCAUAGCAGGUUCAUGAACAUCGAGGCAUAAGUAUUGAAGCGACGGAACGCAUAACUGGUGAAAGCGCAGGCGUCAGAGCAAAUUUCGGAAUAGAGACAGUACUAGGUAUGGAAUGAAUUGUAAAGUAAUGGGGUUCAAGUUGGUUGAGAAAGGUCCCUUGGGAUGAUUGGUAUGACGACUCUAGAUGUCCGAAGGUCUCUUGAUGAUUCCUAAAUCAAUAGAUAUGGCGUUCGAGAGGGUUUGAUUUUACAAGCAUAAAGGACUUCUUAUCAGCUGCGUAUCGUGUAGUCUAAUGCUACGACUGGGGCUCGCGAGCUUGAGCCUUGUUGUAUCGUACCUAGAUUAUGCUUAAUCACAGCGAAUGGUUGGAAUACACGAUCGGUAAUAAACACGCAGCGGUAUCCAUACGUGCCAUCUUAUCGCUCGGGGGAUUGUGAUGGUGAUUGUGAUAAUGUGCCUGUUUGGUUAUGGGGAGAUGUGGCUAUGCCACGACUUCAUGGCCUACCUACCUAUAUACUACUAUAUGCACGCAACUCAUUGAAGGGACAAGGACACGCAAGCAACUGUCAUCUCGAGUCGCGUACGGUGCAUCAUGCAGAUACCAAUCAAUGUCGUAUCAACUCCCGAGUCUGUAUACCCCAUAUCCAGCUGAACCCGUCCACUUUUUCUUUUCAGUAAACCUGGGCUCGUAAAGUUGGCCAAGCC